CGCACGCAGGCGCACAAGCGUGCGGAGGCAGGGCUCUUCGCCUUCUUCCGGUCUUCGGUCGUCUCCCCGCCCUCGUCAGAGCAGCGCUGAGCCCAUCCCCCCACCCCAAGCGUCCGGGGAGGGUGGCAGGAAGUAUGGAGAAUGCUGAAAAUAGUGAUGUGGGCACAGGUGAGGAGACCCUUGCAGCUCAGGCAGGAUCUGAAAGCAUCCCUGAACAGGUGUCUCAGGAAGAGCAGGACCAACUUUUGUACCAUGAGGAAACAAUUGAUCUUGGCGGCGAUGAGUUUGGCUCUGAAGAAAAUGAGACCAUAUCAGAAGACUCUAAUAACUUCAUAGAUAAGCUUAAUGAGCACAUGAUGGAGAGUGUCCUCAUUUCUGACUCUCCUAAUAACAGCGAAGAUGACGUAGGUGACCUUGGUUGUUUGCAGGAUGUUGUGGAGCCCGCAGAAAGUGACACUAUUCACAGACUGGCUAAUGCAACAGGUAGAGAAGAAUUGCACAUUCUGAGUCACAACAGUGAAAACGAUGGAGAUGAGGCUCCCAAAGAUGUUUCCAACAGCAUGACCUCUGGUAGCAGAGCAUCUUUGAAAGAAGACUCAACACAAGACGAUGUGACCAACAUUCCCGCACUGGAGAAUGCUGGUGCAGAGGACUUGGUACCCCAUGAUGACAAAGUUCACCCAGAAGAGCAGGUGUCAGAAGUGUCCUCCAGUCAGUCUUCUUCCAAAGAUGAGCCCUUACCUGUAUGCACCAUAUUCAGCCAGGCAAACUCAGCUCCUUCCCAGCCACACUUGUUUCUGCAGGAUGGGUUCGAGUCCCAAAUGGUGAAGUCUCCUAGUUUUAGCAGUGCAAGUGAAUCAUCAGCUAAGACCCCUCCACAGACAGUCCAGCCCAGUCCCAGCCUGAGUAAAUUUUUUGGAGAUACAAUGAACACUAAUUCCUUGGCCUCUGACUUCUUUGAUUCCUUCACCACCUCCACUUUUAUUUCUGUCAGUAAUCCCAAUGCAGGCUCUUCAGGUCCUGAAAAGUUGUCAGCACACACUGCUCCUGUGGGAGAAAAGUCCCCUGAUUCUACCAGCCCAUCUUACUCUGCAGGGAUGGAAAGAUCAGAAUCAGGUAUUUCCACAAGCUCUCUGGAAAUCCCUGAGUCUCCAAAGCCAUUUUCCCAGAUACAGGCCGUGUUUGCAGGGAGUGAUGACCCCUUUGCCACAGCCCUGAGCAUGAGUGAGAUGGACCGAAGGAAUGAUGCGUGGCUUCCCAGCCAGGGGACCAAAGAUGCCCUGAUGUCAGUGGCAACCCAGCAAUACAGCACUGUGUUCAUAGACAAGGAGAACCUCACCAUGCCAGGCCUCAAGUUUGACAACAUUCAGGGAGAUGCAGUUAAAGACUUGAUGCUUCGCUUCCUGGGUGAGAAAGCUGCAGCAAAGAGACAAGUCUUAAAUGCCAACUCAGUGGAGCAGUCUUUCGUGGGCCUGAAACAGCUCAUUAACUGCAAAAACUGGAGGGCAGCAGUCGACCUAUGUGGACGCCUGCUCACAGCCCAUGGCCAAGGUUAUGGCAAGAGUGGGCUGCCUACCAGCCAUACGACAGACUCUUUGCAGCUCUGGUUUGUGCGCCUGGCACUGCUGGUGAAGCUAGGCCUUUUCCAGAAUGCUGAAAUGGAAUUUGAGCCCUUUGGAAAUCUGGACCAACCAGAUCUGUAUUACGAAUACUACCCACACGUCUACCCGGGACGCAGGGGUUCCAUGGUCCCUUUCUCCAUGCGCAUAUUACACGCAGAGCUGCAGCAGUAUCUGGGGAACCCGCAGGAAUCUCUGGACAGACUACACCAGGUCAAGACUGUCUGCAGCAAGAUCCUGGCCAACUUGGAGCAAGGAUUAGCUGAAGAUGGAGGCCUAAGCAAUGUCACACAAGAGAGCAGACAAGCUUCUAUUCAGCUGUGGAGGUCGCGUCUGGGCCGUGUGCUGUAUUCCAUGGCGAACUGUCUGCUCCUGAUGAAGGAUUAUGUGCUGGCGAUGGAUGCAUACCAUGCAGUUAUCAAGUACCAUCCAGAGCAAGAGCCACAGCUGCUGAGCGGCAUUGGCCGCAUCCUCCUCCAGAUUGGGGACAUAAAAACCGCUGAAAAGUAUUUCCAGGAUGUUGAAAGAGUGACUCAGAGACUGGAUGGACUGAAGGGCAAAAUGAUGGUUUUGAUGAACAGAGCCUUCUUGCACCUCGGCCAGAAUAACUUUGCAGAAGCUCAUAAAUUCUUCACAGAGAUUUUGAAAUUGGACCCCACAAAUGCAGUGGCCAACAACAAUGCCGCUGUGUGUCUGCUGUACCUGGGCAAGCUCAAGGACUCUCUGCGGCAGCUGGAGGCCAUGGUGCAACAGGAUCCCCGGCACUACCUGCACGAGAGUGUGCUCUUCAACCUGACCACUAUGUAUGAGCUAGAAUCCUCACGGAGCAUGCAGAAGAAGCAGAGCCUGCUUGAGGCAGUUGCCAGCAAGGAAGGGGAUAGCUUCAAUACCCAGUGCCUCAAGCUGGCCUAGGUCCUACCAGGUCUCUCCCCUAGGAACCCUGGAGCAGAUGUGUCACUGCCACUCUUGUGGACUCAAUAAAAGCCUGUUUGGCUGGUGAAUAGGAACAUAUCUUCAGCUAGGGCCACUGUACUACCCCCAUAGCACUGCCUGUUUGUGAAAUGGGGAGGAGUACAUGUUAGGAUGAGGAGCACAGGACACUGGGUCUCGUUGGUCUGUUCCUGCAACCUAAUUGCUCAGUUGCUAAUUCUAAAUAUCCUCGGAGAAAUGCUAGAUAUAUCACCUGUUCUGGCUAUAAGAACUCAAUGUUGUACAUCAGUUAAGAGAAACACCAAACAGAUCAUCAUUCAUUAUCAUUCCAUCCUCCACAUCCCAAACCAAACACAUCACUUUCAUUCAGCUGAGCUAUUUCCAGCCUGAUGCAGACCACCCUGCACUGCCGAGGGAUGGGUGGAGGCCCAUCAUUACUGCUUCUGCAUUUUACACACUAUCUUGAGAGCACAAGGGGGCAUACUUUAGUAGAGUGAGUAAAACAGAAGAAUCAAACUGUGUAGCCCAGCCAGAGGCCCUGGGUAAGGAGCUGGGAAGAUGCCUCAGAGGUUAACAGUGCUUACUUGCAAAGCUAGCCAGCCAAGGUUCAAUUCCCCAGCACCUGCAAAAUGCUGGAAGCAAAGAGUGUUAUCUGCUAUUCGUUUGUAAUAGAAAGAGAUCCUGGUGUACACACUCACACAUAGCUGUGCAAUAAUAAUCCAAUAAGAAGAAAAAAGAGGCACUUGGAACACAGGGCAGGGCAGAGAAGCAACUGUGGGCCCAAGCAGCAUAAAUUAGCCAACAGGAGUCGUUAGGAACACAGGCCAGGAGGGGGAGGCAUUGUGAGUACAGGCAUGUAGCAUUUGUGCAUUCUUUCAUGCCUGAAAAGAUGUUUUAAAGGCUGCGACACACAGGGCUAGGGAUGUGGUAGAACAUAGCUUGUACCUAGCCUGCAAGAGCACCUCAGACAAAAGGCUCAGAUGCAAAUGUCUGUGUCGCCAAGCAAAGAAGAAAUGAGUAGUGAUCUGUUGUAAUAAAGUGAAAAGAUACAACACUUGUGUGAUUUUUAUGAGGAGAUAUGACAAAUGCCUAUACCCUGAUAGGGUAAAAACAAACUAAAAAAUAUUACACCCAAAUCUAGCUUAGAGAAUCAUUGAACUUAUUGGGGUUAUUUACAGGACCACAGGUGAGGUUAUUUGCCAAGGAAGCUGCAUCACUAAAAAGCCCAUCCUGGCAUGGGUGACAGUUCAUGCAAGCUGUAUUGCUGGAGCUCCAGCACAGUUUAUAACCUAGCAGCAGGUUUCCUCUCCCCAGCAAAUAGUACUGCUUAUAUGAAUCUUAAAGCUUUUUUGUGGUUUUUCGAGGUAGGCUCUCACUCUAGCCCAGGCUGACUUGGAAUUCACUAUAGUCUCAGACUGGCCUCAAACCCAUUGUGAUCCUCCUACCUCUGCCUCCCAAGUACUGAGAUUAAAGACAUGCACCACCACACCCAGCUCCAAAACAAAACAAUAGUGGCCUCCUACUGAUGCAUGCUCUGCACAGCAGUGGUCUUUGCCAUACCCUACAGAACCAGACUUAAGUUCCCAUCUGUGUCACAGACCUUCCAGUCAGAAAAUAGUUGCACUCAUAAUAAUCAUGUCACUACUACACAUUUGAGUACAUCUGCCUGGCAUGUUGGUAGUACAGCACCUGGAGUUCAUAAUCAAAUGGGACUGUCAGUGACAUUUUCCCCCAGCAGCCUGUACAGCACCUUCUGACACUCUAUAUAAUAAAUGCUACCAGGCUGUUUCCAUUUGA